AUGGAGCGGCUAAAUGAUGAUGACGAGAGGGAGGAUCUUUAUUGUGUAGAUCAUGGAAGGCUCAAAUAUAAACACACAGAUUUGUUGGCAAUGCUGAGAGAUGCUCAGUCAGCGAUCAUCCGUUUUUCUGAAGAGAACCACGACAUCAUUGCCGACGUUGUCAACUUUGCAUCCACCUCCGAACGGGCGAAUACAUUACGGAAACUAGAGGAAGCGUACCUUGGCAUUGUAAAGGUGCAGGCACCGAUGGUCCGCUGCAGCCGGCCGGCAUUCCGCAAACUCUGCCGCUUGUGGGGUACGGACGUAAGCUACACGCACAUGAUCAUGGCGGACAGUUUCACUUGCUCUGAUGCUGCCCGGCACGCGGAUUUCUCUAUGUACGCCGGUGAAGAACGUCUUGUGGCCCAAAUUGCCUCCUGCAGUGGGCCUGUUGCUGCGGAAGCGGCGACGCUCCUGGCGCCGUAUUGUGAUGCGAUUGAUCUCAACUGCGGCUGCCCGCAGCGUUGGAUCAUAAAAGAGGGCUUGGGCUCGGCACUUCUUCAAAAACCAGAGGUUGUGGCAGACAUGGUGCGCUGCAUUCACAACGGGCUUUCAGGCGGGGUAAGCCUUCCGUGUGUCGUGAAAAUGCGCGUAGACAACGAUGUGGGGCGCAGCGUGGAUUUUGCCCGUCACUGUGAGGCGGCUGGAUGCGGGUGGAUCACAGUGCACGGUCGUACACCGUCCUGCUCCGCGCACGCGCCGGUUCGCCUCGAUGCAAUACGCACCAUUCGGGAAUGCGUCUCUGUACCCGUCGUGGCUAAUGGCGGUGUAAACAAUCCACAGACGGCUCUCAAAACUUCUUUGACCACCGGUGCGGGGGCUGUUAUGAGUGCGACGGGUCUUUUGGCGAACCCUGCCUGUUUCUACGUGCCGCGGGAAGGCGAGCUGCUGCUUUUUGCGCCGCAGAGGCACGGCAUCGAUGUUGCGCUGGAAGCGUCCAUGGGGCCGUGCCGAGGUGCAGACGAAGGAGCCUCUACUGCAGGCAGCGAGAAUUCCGCGUGGCUGAAGGGUCUUCCCGGCUGUCCGGUGGAAGUAAUAUCAGACUUCAUUCGUCUUAGCUGUGUGACUGACCUUGCGUCGAAGGCCACCUCAAUGCAUCUCCUGAAGAUGGGUGGGAACUACCUGAGCCCGACGGAGCGUGUCUUUCUGGCGCAGAUGCACUCGUCUUUUUCAGUUGUUUCGGCAUUCCAGCAGCUUGGAUUAUACACUCAGGAUGGCAGGUUCCGAGUUGUGGAGAGCGUCACAUAA